AUGAACCAGAAGGUCGGCGCAUCAGCUGCGUCGUAUACUCAUGUUCCAUGCUGCGACUUGCAGGUACUGGCUGUGAACGUCGGGUGCCUCGAAGAUGGCUGGUCCAUAGAGGAUAAACCUGUUCACCCGUCACCACUCAGAAACGACCAGGGUGGAUGGAAUGGAGUCUGUGCAGGUCGCGGCGGGGCUCAGGUAGAACGGCAAAAUUUGGUGUCUACCGCGAGUCUCCGCCCUCGCUGCUGUGGCGUGAAACGAGGCCGCUCGGAGGAGGGUUUUCUCGAAAACGUUACGCCGUCUGCCACUAGCCCGGGCCAGACCCUGGAGUGUGAGUCCCUGUCAACAACGCAAGUUGCGUCGGCGAGGCCAGAGUCAAAACGCAUUACGCAAAAGGAGCGUGGAGGGGCGCGUCUGUUGUCCUCCUCAGGCGUGCGUCCCGGCAUGCGGCCCGUCACCAGGAGGCACGCUAAAGAGCUCUCUGCCGCGGAGGGCGUGGAGGCUGCCCUGCGGCCGGAGGGGGAGGAGUCCUCCGCUGCGCGCUGCCAGAGCGUGUUCUCCAGUGCCGUGGCAGACAAUGAAGGCGGCAAAGCUGCGAGGCGAUACGGCUGUGCUGCAUUUGCGCACCCGCUUUCAGUAGACUGCCUCUCCCCGUCAGGCCUGAGAGGGGGACGCCUGUCAGGCGCGGACUGGGAGAUCGACUGCGCCGCGCGAGGCCGACCCAAGGCGCCGCAAAAUGAGCUCGUGGAGCCUGUCAGUCCGCUCCACGAGGUGCGGAUGCCUACCGCAGGCAUGGGCCAUCGCUCCGCGUCCCCCCGUCUGGCGUCGCCUGUCGAUGAGCCUUUCGACGGUGUCGGGGGCGAAGCGACGCUGGCGGAUGCCUUUUACUUUUGUACGCCGCACUUUUCGCCGAGGCGCCGGUGCUCAGAGAGCGAUUUACUGCCAGACUAUCCCUCCCAGACAGUCUGCGGCGGCGGGACGCAGAAAUCGUCGCGGGACACGGUGUCGCCCGCGCCGCGAAGGCAAUCGCCGGGAAGGGGCGAAACACAGAGCCCCACGACAUGGGCAAACACGACACCAGACGCGGUCCGGAGGACGCCAACCGGGACGGGAGAGGAGGAUGUAACAGCGGCAGUCGACGCCGCGCGCGCCGCCACAGCUGCUCUCUUUGCGGAUCUGCACACUGGAUUCACGCCUUGUACUUCUCCAACCGCGCAGAAGGCCGUCGGCCUUGACCAGAGUCCCAGAUACGCUUCGCCUCCUUCCUCUCGCAUUCGCGGCUCUCCUGCGGCCUCCAGCCGAGCGUCUUGUUCGCUGGCCUCCGCGAAAAGCCGAAGCGGCAGAAAGGCACCGGCUGUCCCUCUGCGGCAGAUCUGCGCCAAACCGCUCUUGUGCGGCAUCGGGUUGAGCGAGAGCUACGCGGCGUCCCACUUCGCGAAUUCGCAGUUGAGGAGUUCUCAGGGGACGCGGUUAUCCGUCGGGAGCGUGAGCAGCGUCGACAGCAACGCGUCAGAGACGUCGUCAUCUCAUCCGUGGACGUCGGGCUGCUUGCGCGACGACCCUCAGUACCCCAUCGUGCUUCAGCAGGCCUGUCUCGCGGCUGCGAUGGCAGCAGGCGAGGCGAGCUGCCCGCGAACGCGCGUGCGUCGGCGGACUCUCGAAGGCAAGCGUGACUGCGUGGCGAAACCUGUUCAGGCGACAGCGAAAAAGGAGAAAAAAAGAACGACCCGAAACGUGAAGGCAAAGGCGGCUCGCGCCGGCGUACACGGCGGUCUGAAGGGAGAGGCGGAUGCUGCAGCGUGUGCAGGCCCGCGGCUGGCAAAGAAAACGCAGAAGGCCCAGCAGCAGCGGCGGAAGACUGUGGAGCAGAUUCUUCUCAAGGCAGAAGAAGAAAAAGUGUACAACUGGUGGCGUGACGAUGAAGUCGGCGACAAACUGGAAGGCGAGGAAAGCGAGGAGGAAGACGAGGUUUUCUGA